AUGCCCCCCAACGCCCGCAUGUUCAUCGGUAACCUUCCUGACGGAACUACUAAAUGGGAGCUUUUUACCAAGUUUUACAAGUAUGGGCGUAUGGCCCAGAUUUCUAUCAAACCCUCUUACGGCUUUAUCCAAUUCUUGAGUGGAGAAGACUGUAAGGCAGCGAUCGAUGGAGAGGACGGUACGGCUAUUCACGGAAAGAAGUUGCAUUUGGAGGUGAGU